GCUCUCCCAUCCCUCCCAUGAGUUCAAAGAGCUGAAUGACAGUGUGGCCAAAGGAAACUCUUACACAACAGGCCUACUGUUGACAGAAGGAUAAGUUCCUGUGUACUGAAAGCUGAACUGAGUGGGGCAGUGAACGGGACUUUAUAUGUGUGACGUGAGUAAAACUUUUCUUCAAACUAUCAAAUCAAAUAAAAAGUUGCGCUUAAAGCUAUUGACCUGCAUAAGAUGUUAUUAAUAAGUGAACAUGAGCGCUUUCAGGCUGCAGCAACUGAAUAGUCACAUUCUCUCUGGAGGAAAGACUGCAGCCAUGUCAGGCUCACCUAGCCCUCUAACCACCCAUGUGCUGAACACGGCACUUGGUGUUCCAGGAUCAAACAUGACCCUCAGACUUUAUAGACAAGACCCCUCCACCAAUGGCUGGCAUCUGGUUACCACUGGGUGCACUAACAGUGAUGGUCGAUGUCCGGGGCUAAUCACACAGCAGCAGUUUAAACCUGGUGUGUACAAGCUGAACUUUGAGACUGGUCAGUACUGGGCCAGCAUGGGACAGACUUCAUUUUAUCCCUUUGUGGAGAUUGUUUUCACUAUAACUGACUCGGACCAGAGGUAUCAUGUGCCGCUGCUUGUCAGUCGUUUCUCCUACAGCACGUACAGGGGGAGCUAGAGAAGAUUUGUGAUCAAUCGCCUCAACCUUUGCCUUCUGACUGCCUGAUUGAAGAAAAAGGCAUUGAUUACUCCACAUAGUAGGCUAUGGUCAUUGCAACAAAGUGAUGAAAGAAGCAAAUGUUCAUUUUCUCCAAGAGAAUUAGCUUUACAACUUCAAAUCUUUUUUUUUAUUACAACCAUAGAAAUAAACUUCACAUGUACUCAAUCUGGUGUAAAACACACAAAUAAGUCUAACUUUGAGAUUGUUUUCCCUGCAUUAUUCAAACGUGUUAACGGUUUUUGAC